CUCGGAUCUCAGACUUAUAUUAUAACUAUAUAGUCUUAAAGAGCCGGUAUUCCAGAUGAGCACACGUGUUUGACGUGUUGUCGUUGAAUUAUUGAUACAACUUCUAACAGAAUCAUAAUAUAUGACAAGCUUCUAUGCUGGAUGCAAGCUCGUAUAAUUAAAGCAUAUAGAAGAUUUAUGAUACACUUUUAAUUUUACUUCGAUAAAGCACAAUCUCCAAAAUGCGCUUCUCCGUGUACAAACUAGCGCUGUUGGGAAAUUUUGUUCAGAUGAGACGGUGGCCGCGUCUGUGGCCUCUUCUUGCCGUCAUGGCAGCCAUUGCGGGAACAGUGUAUGUCCAACACGUGUGCAAAGCAUGGUAUCGCGCUAUAUACGAACCUGGCUGCAUUGCAACGUCAAAUAGGGAAGAUAGAAAGAGCAUCUAUGGGCAAUACUCGUGGAGGGAUAUUUUUCAGUUUAGUGAUAAAGAAAAUGAGAAAUUUACGAAAGGUUUAACUAAUAUUACGACAAUUAUGACUCCAACGGACUGUACAAGAGCGGACAGCGACCAAGGAAUUGACGUUUUAAUUUAUAUUAAUUCCGCAAUAGAAAACCGAAAGCGACGAGAUUUCAUCAGGAAAACCUGGGGGGCUAACAUCAACGUUAUUGAACUUGUCAUUAAAGUGGUCUUCGUUUUAGGUACAUUACCAAGCUAUAAUGACUACGAUGUGGACACCAAGAGAGAACACGAGGUUCACGGUGAUAUACUUCAGGGGGACUUCAUAGACAAUUACAUGAACCUAACGUACAAGGGUGUGCUUGGGUUAACAUAUGCAGCCAACUGCUCCACAGCUAGGUAUAUUCUAAAAGUAGACGACGACGUCCUAGUUAAUAUAUUCAGAUUAAAAUAUCACAUUGACACGUAUGCACCUGCUUUAACUGACAAACUCCAGUGCUUUCUGUACGGCGGCUAUGAUGCCGAUGUUAGCCGGAAACCCAAAGCUAAAUGGUGCAUGAAUCGUGAUGAAUUUUUAGACACUUAUUACCCAGAUUUCUGCGGGGGUUCAGCCGUUCUGAUGACACUGACAACGGCUGAGAAACUGAUAACAGAAACGUGGACGACCCCGUUCUACUGGGUUGAUGACGUGUAUGUUUUCGGUCUUCUGGCUUACAAAGCGAAUAUAGGUCACGUGCACAUGUCAGUGAACUUUGAUGGAAACGUGACCUAUUACCAGUCUCUAUACAAUAAUUCAUCUUCUUUAAUUUUUGCUAAUAUCCAGGAUGAUGCCAUCAGAGAACAAGUUUGGCAGUGGAUCUUAUUAGACGUUGACCGAGUAUAAGUUUGCAAUGCAAAAUAUAUUAAUAAUGUACUAGUAUUUCCCUUUUUUGUUCACAGUAAGAGAUAUCAUUCUUUAGGGGUCAUUAUAUGACAAUGUUAUGGACGCAUUGGAUUUCAUUUAUAAAGACAAAGCUAUGGAUUUAACAGUUUCUCUUUUUUGGACUGCUUUUAUUUUGCACCUUAUGAAUUUUAAUCAUAUCGCAAUAUUUCGUAAGAGGUUCUAAAUGCAGUUCACCCCGAAACUUAAUUGUAUACCUGCGCAGCACAAAACCGGCGUAUUUUAUCUUUUAUACCACUUUCGGUUUGAGAUGGUAAUUGCCUAUUUGUAGGUCUGUCUUACCAGUCACCUCCACACAAUCGCACAGUUGCUACAGAUACACGUAUAUUUUCAUAGCCGUUUUCAAA